UAAGUACAAUUUAGAGCCAGAACAAUAUAAAGCCAGAGGAAGAGAGAGAGGUAAGAGAAACCAAGAAAGCUUCUCCCUCAUCUCCUCCUGCAAACGAAUGGAUUCCGCUCCAGUUUCCACCGGCCAAGCUGAAAAUAUCCUCCAAACAGAGGGAGACACCACUCCAUCUCCGACCACAAAGCGUCCCUCGUCUCGCCGGCGGAGCCCAUCUUUGUCUUCCUCAUCUUCUUUCCGCUCAUUUUCUUCCUCUGUCUCAUCCUCCUCCUCUUCCAACCCCGAUGACUUGCUUUCCAGCCCAGCACCUUCGUCGCUUCACUUCUCCGGCAUCCCCUUCUCGUGGGAGAAACACCCCGGAAUCCCCAAGAACUCUACAAUUCCUCGCACGCUGUCGUCCAAGUACAAAGACGGCUCUCUGUUUCUACUCCCAUUGCCGCCUGCUGGCACUCCAAUCCCUGCCAAAAGAUUCAACUUCGACGCCAUUUUCUCGAUCCGAAAGAAGAACUCCCACGACAGCCUUCGAAGAGAUCCCUUCAUCGCCGCGUUAAUGGAGUGUUCCAAGGAUCAAGAGGGUGACGAUGACUGUUGGAAGAACACAAAGGUGUCAAGAACGUUGAUCGACCGGUUUGGGUUCAUUGAUCUCUAUGCUUCGUGCAAGAGGAGUUGUGCUGUUGCCGAAUCCAAAGUGCUUCUUCCUCGGUCCAGCCGAGCUGCCUACGAUCUGUUGAAUCGCCGGUCCGGGUGAAAUUACCGGCCGACACUCAUAGAUAAGUAAUUAAGCUUAUGUUGUUAUAGCUGUAUCAAUGCUUGAUGUUUCUGUUCUUGGGCUUUUUUUUCCUUUCUUUUCGCUGAAUGGGUCAGCUUCCUUUGGUACGAAAAAUGACAAAACGUGCCUCAAUUAUCGUGGAGGAGACUUAUUUUUUCUCUUAAUUUGACAAAUAUUGUUGUUUAUAAAUAAAUUAAGUUAUAGUUUAAUAAUUUUCACA